GUGGUUGACUUCUGUGACAAUAAGACACACAACCGUGAAGCUCCGAACAUGCAAAACAAAAUGUGCAAUGAGAGGAGCACUUGGGAUGUAAUCAGCAAGUCGGACGAUUUCAAGAACAACCAUCCAACUAAUAUCACUUCACUUGAGCCAAAGUUUACUUUCCUGCAUGCCAAAGACCGAGUGUUAUGUUUAGUUCUUGAUACAUCGGGAAGCAUGAGUUCGGGAAAUCGAAUUCAAAGGCUUCAGCAAGCGGCUGGGAUAUUUUUACUCCAGAUCAUUGAAGAUCAAUCAUAUGUUGGCAUAGUUGGUUUUCACAGUUAUGCCACUGUGAUUCACGAAUUGACAGUAAUUGAGAGUGAAGACGCACGAAAAAAGCUGAAAAAUCUUCUACCUAAAAUAGCUAAUGGUGGAACAAACAUUUGUGAAGGGGUUCGAGCUGGUUUUCAGGUACUUCGUGGUGAUGACGGAUCUACAAAUGGUGAUGAAAUCGUUUUGCUGACUGAUGGGGAGGAUGGUGGAAUAAGCAGUUGUUUCUCGGAGGUGAAACAAAGUGGUGCAGUUAUCCACACGAUAGCAUUAGGACCGAAUGCAGCCGAAGAGCUGGAACAGUUAUCAUCAUUGACAGGAGGCCUGCAGUAUGCAGCUACUGAUAAAUUGGAUGAAAAUGGAUUAGUUGAUGCUUUCACUGGAUUAGUAUCAGGAAAUGGGAACAUGAGUCAACAGUCAAUCCAGCUGGAAAGUUCUGGAAAGAGCAUUGCAAGUAACGACUGGUUCAAUGGUACAGUUUUCAUUGAUAAAUCGGUUGGGAAAAACACGUCCUUUGUAAUAACAUGGGAGACUGGCACAUCACAAAUGUUUAUCCGUGAUCCCAAUGGAAAGCUUUACAGAAAUGGAAACUUUGAGAUGGACACAGUCCUGUUGACAGCUCGCCUUCCAAUUCCUGGGCUUGCACACUCAGGAGCCUGGAUGUACAGCGUACAAAAUGGAGCUGGAAUGCCUCAGGUUGUAACGAUAACAGUAACAUCACGGGCAGCAGAUGAGAACGUUCCGCCUGUCACAGUCAACGCACACCUCAAUCAAGACACAACAUCUUUUCCAAACCCACUGAUCAUUUUUGCAGAAGUUAGCCAAGGUUUCCUGCCUGUUGUUGGAGCCAAAGUGACAGCCACAGUAGAGAGGGCUGGAGGUCAGCCUGUGAAUCUUGAGCUGUUGGACAAUGGGGGAG